GAGAACUUGAAUAAUAAUGGACUCGUGCUCCAAUAACGGGGAUGACAAGGAUCCUGAUGUUGAGCUGUUUGUUAAGGCUGGGAGUGACGGGGAGAGUAUUGGAAACUGUCCUUUCUCACAGCGUCUCUUCAUGAUCCUCUGGCUGAAAGGCGUCGUUUUCAACAUCACCACUAUCGACAUGAAGAGGAAGCCACCUGACCUGAAUAAUCUAGCUCCUGGGACACAUCCACCUUUCCUCACAUUCAAUGGGGAAGUCAAGACAGACGUCAAUAAGAUUGAAGAGUUCCUGGAGGAAGUUUUGGCGCCUCCCAAGUACCCAAAACUUGCUGCAAAGCAGAAGGAAUCGAAUACUGCCGGGAAUGACAUUUUUGCUAAAUUCUCAGCAUACAUCAAGAACACAAAGCCAGAGGCCAAUGCAGGUCUGGAGAAAAGUCUGACCCGGGCCUUGAGAAGGCUGGAUAGCUACCUGAACGCCCCUCUUCCAGGUGAGGUCCAGGAAGGCAACACAGAAGACAGGAGCUCCAGGCGCAAGUUCCUGGAUGGAGAUGAGCUGACGCUGGCUGACUGCAACCUCCUGCCAAAGUUACACAUUGUCAAGGUGGUUGCAAAGAAGUACCGUAAGUACGAAAUUCCAGAAGAGAUGACUGGGGUGUGGCGCUACCUGCGAAAUGCCUAUGAACAAGAAGAGUUUGUGAACACAUGUGCUGCAGACCAGGAGAUUGAGCUGGCCUACAUGGACGUGGCGAAGCGGCUGGCAAAGUGA